AAAUAAAAAAAAUAAAACUUCUAGCUCUACAGAUAUCAAUUUCUUCUUUUUCUUGAAAAACAAAAACCCCACAAAAACACACACACACACACAAAAACCAAAACAGGUUCAAAGUCUCACCUUUAUUGAGUACAUUUUCCAACAAUUUUCAGUUUCAUUGAAUCUCAAGAUACUAUUUUUUAAAAUUUUUUAUAAAAAGAAUUCCCUGUUGGAAGAACCCCACCAUAAGAAAACUCCAAAAAACAGAUUGAAAAUCUCUGCUUUUAGAUCUUUUCAACAGUUUUCACUUUCACUUUCAUCACAAAAAUACUGAAAAAGGAAGAGGAGAAUUCAAGAAGAAGAGAAAAAAAUGUCAUUUAUUUUAGGGGUUGUGAUUGGUAUUACAUUUGGACUUGCUAUAAUUGUUGCCUUUGUUAAAUCAGAAAAUGCAAGAUCUAAAUAUCGUACUGAACUGGCGAGUGGAAUUGCUGCAUUUGCUAGAAUGACAGUGGAGGAUUCAAGAAAGAUCUUUACACCAGAACAAUAUCCUUCUUGGGUUGUUUUCUCCAAUCAGCAAAAGUUGAAGUGGCUUAAUUCUCAUCUUGAAAAGAUUUGGCCGUAUGUGGAUGAGGCAGCAUCAGAACUGGUAAAGUCUAGUGUGGAGCCAGUUUUGGAACAAUAUAGGCCUGUGAUUUUGGCGUCGUUAAAAUUUUCAAAGUUCACUCUUGGUACAGUUGCUCCUCAAUUCACAGGGAUUUCUAUUAUUGAAGAUGGAAGUGAGGGUAUUACCAUGGAAUUAGAGAUGCAAUGGGAUGGGAACCCAAGCAUAAUACUCGAUAUCAAGACUUAUGUUGGUGUAGCAUUACCAGUGCAGGUGAAAAACAUUGGAUUUACUGGUAUUUUUAGGCUGAUCUUCAGGCCACUUGUUGAUGAGUUUCCUUGCUUUGGAGCUGUAUGUUACUCUCUGAGGCAGAAGAAAAAGCUGGAUUUUACGCUUAAAGUAGUUGGUGGUGACAUGACAGCAAUUCCUGGCCUUUCUGAUGCAAUUGAGGGAACCAUCCGGGACGCUAUUGAAGACUCUAUCACAUGGCCGGUUCGAAAAGUUAUUCCCAUUUUACCUGGGGAUUAUAGUGACCUUGAACUGAAGCCUACUGGAGUAUUGGAGGUGAAACUUAUUCAAGCAAAGGAGUUAACAAAUAAAGACCUCAUUGGAAAAUCUGACCCUUUCGCUGUAUUAUACGUACGCCCUAUACGAGAUAGAAUGAAGAAGAGCAAAAUAAUUAACAACGAUUUGAACCCAAUCUGGAAUGAGCAUUUUGAGUUCGUAGUUGAAGAUCCGCUGACACAACACUUGGUGGUAAAAAUCUACGACGAUGAAGGUCUUCAGUCAGCUGAACUACUUGGAUGUGCUCAUAUCCGUUUGAAUGAGCUUGAGCCUGGUAAAGUAAAGGAUAUUUGGUUAAAGUUGGUGAAAGAUUUGGAGAUUCAGAGAGACCAGAAAAAUAGGGGCGAGGUGCACUUGGAGCUAUUGUAUUGCCCUAUUGGCAUGAAGAAUGGGUUAACUAAUCCUUUUUCUCAGACUGAGACAAUGACUUCAUUAGAGAGAGUUCUUAAAAAUGGGGCAGAAGGAAAAGAAACUAGUCCUAAUGGAGGUGAAAUCAGCAAAAGAAGGGAAGUAAUAGUACGAGGGGUACUUUCUGUUACUGUGAUAUCAGCUGAUGACCUGCCCCCAGCUGAUAUAGGGGGGAAGGCUGACCCCUACGCCGUGCUGAUUAUGAAGAAGGCGCAAAUCAAGAACAAAACCAGGGUCGUAAAUGAAAGUCUAAAUCCAGUUUGGAAUCAGACUUUUGACUUUGUUGUUGAGGAUGGAUUACAUGAUAUGCUAAUUGUGGAAGUCUGGGACCAUGACACAUUUGGAAAGGAUUUCAUGGGAAAAUGCAUACUGACUUUAACAAGAGUUCUAAUGGAAGGUGAAUAUAAAGACACCUUCGAAUUAUCCGAGUCUAAAUCAGGGAAACUGAACUUGCAUCUCAAAUGGAACCCACAGCCAUUAUACAGAGACUCCCAGUGAUGAACAUCAAACUUCAGUUUUAUUCUUGGAAAUUUUGUACAGGGAGUAAAGUUUCUUUGAUUCCGAUAUUGAUUGGAAAAGACUACGUAGAAUCGAAUAUUUUCUGUACAUGAGUUGAUUAAAGCAGAAGAGAGAUAAUGUAAAGUUGUGAAACUUCUAAAGAGAAACUGAAGUUGAAGCUGGACAAGAAUAAAAAUGAGUAAUCUUCCAAGUAGUAUACAUUAGUUAUAUUAUGUACUGUUAGUGCCUCUACUUUUUAUUCUUUGUUAUAUGACAAUAUUGCUUUUAACAAUUUCAA